GGCGCGGGGCAGCGGCGGGCAGCAGCGGCCCUGGGGGCGGCCGGGCCUCCGGAGCAGGUCCCGGGCUGCCAUGGCCGCCGCCGGCUUGCGGGCCUUCGCGACGAGGGGGCCGGGCUGGCGCUGGCGCGGCCGGGGGGCGCCGCUGUCGGCGGGCGUCUGCAGCAGGUCGGAGCCCGGGGCGCGACCCACCAGCGCACGGCAGCGGGACGGCAUCAGGAACAUUGUCCUAAGUGAUCCCAAGAAGAGGAAUGCGCUGUCAUUAGCAAUGCUGAAGUCUCUCCAGACUGACCUUCUUCACGAAUCUGAAAGCAAAGAUCUCAGAGUCAUUAUCAUUUCAGCUGAAGGACCUGUAUUUUCUUCUGGGCACGAUUUAAAGGAACUGACGGAUGAGCGAAGCCCAGAUUAUCAUGCCGAAGUAUUUCAGACCUGUUCUGAGGUCAUGAUGCUGAUCCAGAACCACCCGGUCCCCAUCAUCGCCAUGGUGAACGGCUUGGCCACCGCUGCCGGCUGUCAGCUGGUCGCCAGCUGUGACAUUGCCGUGGCAAGCGACAAGUCCUCUUUUGCCACUCCGGGUGUGAACAUCGGGCUCUUCUGCUCCACGCCUGGGGUGGCCUUGGGGAGAGCGGUACCGAGAAAGGUUGCCCUGGAAAUGCUCUUCACUGGGGAGCCCAUCUCUGCCCAGGAGGCCCUGCUCCACGGGCUGCUCAGCAAAGUGGUGCCAGCAGAGCAGCUGGAGGAAGAGACCAUGAGAAUCGCACGCAAGAUCGCCUCCUUGAGCCGUCGUGUGGUGUCUCUGGGCAAGGCCGCCUUCUACAGGCAGCUGCCCCAGGACCUUAGGACGGCCUACCACCUCACCUCCCAGACCAUGGUGGACAACGUGGCCCUGCAGGAUGGGCAGGAGGGAAUCAAGGCCUUCAUCCAGAAGAGAAAGCCCAUCUGGUCGCAGUGAGUGGCCUCAUCAGAGGAGGGGAGGGCGAGUGAGCCGCCACCCCAGCUUCCAAGGCCCAGACACUGCUGCUGCCUCGAGACUGUCUCGGGGCGGCCGGCGUCCCACAGAACUAGUGGUUUCCAUGCACAUGGGCCGUCGGAAAAGCUGUGAUCCCACGGGGGCAGGGGGAGCUGGAGAAUCCAAUGCUGGCUAGCUGCGCUGGGAGGCCUGGUCCUCCAUCCGCUCCUCCAAAGGCCUUGAGGGAGGGAUCGCCUGACCUGGGAGACGGUGGGGAUACCACACAAGCUCUGCCUUCACAAGUGUCCCCAGAGGUGCCCAGGGGCGGCCACAUGUUUCAGAUCUCCCCAAGAUGUUCUCUGCGCUGAAAAUCUUCUCGAUUCUAUUUCUCAAUAGAAAUGGCCUUGGACUAA